AUGGCGGCUAGGCGACUGGCGAUGCGCUCGUACGGCGCAUGCGCCAACUACGCCUGUCUCCGGUACGGUGUCUGCCCGAAGGGUACCAAGUACGUCUGUGAGUUGCGCAGCGGUGAGGCGCGCUACUGUCUGCAGGAGGUCUUCAUCUGCGACGGAGUACGACACUGCAAAAACGGAGAGGACGAGGGCGUCGACCUCUGCAAGAGGGGGAAGAUAGCUACAACCAUAUACGAUCCCAGAUUGUACGGAAACGCCUCGAAGCUCUUCGGCGAUCGUGACUCCUGCCAACUGGAGAACUACAAUCAGCCGGUGUGUAACUGUGUCUACAACACUCGCCUGGAGUGUGACGACAGACAACUGACGCGGAUACCGGGCAACGUCAGUCCAAACGUCACGCGCAUGUACUUGCAUCGAAACCGGAUCGUCCUCCACAAGGGUGAUCUGGACAAAUACAAGAAACUAACGAUGAUAAACCUGAAUGACAAUGGCAUCGAAGAUAUUCCGGAGGGUCUUUUUGCAAACCAAGACAGUCUUUUCAAGCUAUUGCUGCGAAGGAACCGGCUGACUCGUCUGCCGGAGAUGGCGUUCUCUGGCGCCGGCUCGUCUCUGACGCAGCUGCUGAUGGACCAGAACCUGCUGACCCACAUGCCGCCCAUCGGACACCUCACUCAGCUGCACUUCCUAAAUAUGAGCUACAACAGACUAACUCUAGAAAAUUAUGAGUUCCCAGAGUGCAAGAUACAGAAACUGCAUCUUGACGAUAAUCAGAUUCGGCACAUCACCAACAAAACCUUUCGGAAACUGCUGCAUCUGAAGACGCUGUGA